AUGCACCUCCCCGCCCAAAUAACCCCCACCGAAUCCAUUUUUCUCCUCGGUCGAAGUACCCCCCAUCCACCCUCGCAACACUCCGCACCUCUCCUAUCACAAAAACAAAAGGCUUCCCCCAAAACGGGGCCGCGGGGGCGGAGGGAGGGAAGGGUGACGGCGCGCGGCUCCCAGCCCACCUCUCCAGGCAGGCCCGGAGGGUCCCCGCGCGGUACGAACCUGUUGAGGAGAAGGUGGCAGGAGCUGCGGCGCGCGUCCCGCCCAGCCCCGGGAGAGGGCACGGCAGGAGGGGGCGGCGAGCGCCGGGAGGAGCGGGGACGGGGGCGCGGGCCGCCGCCUCCGGCUCAGCUGCAGCACGGCGCGGCCCGGACCACGCCUGGCCGCAUCCCCGGCACCGUUAGGCGCGCAGCCCGGCCCUGUCACCGCCGCCCCGUCUCCCCCGCCCGGCCGGGGGAGGGCACCCGAAAAUACCCGCCCCGGCAGCCCACUGCGCACCGACCUCCGCGCCAGGGGCCGCGGCGCCCAGUCCGAGCCAGCAGGAAUCAGGGGCCGCCCCGCAUCACCCCAGGACUAACGCGCGCCGGAGACGGGCUCCGGCUGCCCCGCCCGGCUCUGCAGCUCCCCGCCCCCACGCGCUCCGCGGGCGGAGGGCAGCGGCAGGCGGCGGCGUCCUCCGGCCCCCGGCCCGCGCCCCUCCUGCCGCCCGCCCGGGGUCAGCCCCGUGAGCGGGCACCUUCCUGCCGCGGGCCCCCACUCACCUCCAGGGAUGGGGUGGGGGCGCCGGGGUCCCGUCCUCCUCCCGCUCCUCGGCGGCCGGGCGGGUGGGCCGGGAGGUGA